GAGCCCUCAAACCCCCAAAACCAAACUUCACGUCCUCCCCUCACCCUAUCUGUUCUCGAGCUAUUUCUGUCAGCCGUUCCCCCCUAUCCAACCGCCCCUCAUCCCCAUCCCAUCGCUCCCCUCAGCUUCUCCCAACCUCCAUCGCCUGCUCCAUCCCCCUCGUCUUCGUUUUCCGCACCUGGUCACGAACACCAUGAGCUCUGCACCAAGUACGCCAAUGAAGGGCGCGCCCGCGACACCAGUGACCACUGGCUCAUGGCGCCAUCCAGCAUUGGACGAUAUCGCAAAACGCACCGCUAAUAAGCGUCCUGAUAUGUCGUUCAAACGACUUACCAUGAACACAUUGGCACUGGUCGCCAGUUUUGCCAUGUUUACUCUCCUCCGCAAGAGGUAACCUCCUGUCCUAUACCCCACCGCACCUAUCACUGCGCGUUUGCUAACUCCGCCUUCUCUCUUAUCAGUGAAUUCCUGCUUAGUCUCGCCCCCUCGUCCCCCGCCUUCCACCAAUACUUCUCCUACAUCCUCUGGGUAACUCGCUGUGUUCUGGCCUUUAAUAUUGGGGAGUCCAUCACUCGGCUCCUUGCCCCAGCCGAUGAAUUCACCGACAUCUCGCUCACGCCGGAGCAACGUAAGCUUCUAGGACUCAAUCCCAACGUCCCCUUAUCAGCAUCCGCGUCAACGGGGAACAUCAUUACCCCACCAAGGUACACCAAGUCCACUCCUUCCUCCCGAACUGGUUCUCCCUCAUUCGGUGCGUCAACGUCCGGAUCACCUACUCUGCAGAGGAAGUCUGCCCCACAGACUCCUCCCCCUAUGACCCCUAGCCCGUUGCGUAUGGGCGGGGGGUUGGAGAAGAGGCAGAGUAAUGGAAUUGGAUCACCGAGCGCGGGACUGUUCAGUGGUGGGAGUCCUGGUGUCAAGCUUGCUGGAACGUCAGUUGUUCCCGGAAAUAAAUGGCUAUACGAGAAGAAUAUUCAGCGCAAGAGUAUGUUCCAUAUAUCACCCUUGCCACUGACAAUCUAGUUCUAACUUGCUUGAACAGAUGAGGGUCUCCGCUUUUCGCCCAGCAAAAGCAUCUUUUCAACCCCUCGAGCUUGAUCCAUCCCCAUUUUUCCUCUGCUCUGAGUCUUAAACGUUUUCCUUCCUUCCUUUUUACCUUUUUUUUUUUGGCCCCUCCUAUGUCUUGUAUUCCUUGUAUUAUCUUUUUUUAUUUUAUUUAUCAACGAUCUAACGUCCGUGAAAUGUCCCUAUUUGGUCUGACAGCCGUUUUUUUUUUCAGUUUUUUCCGAUGACAAGAGAGGAGGGAGCAUGAGUCUUCGCGAAGGCUUGAGCCUGACAAUUCCUGCAGGCUUGAACUGAAUCAUAGAGGGGGAUUUCGUGCAAUUGGUUUUCCCUAUCUCCUUAUCUUUCUUCCUAGGGUGUUUUUAUGACUUGAUGGAGGUGGCACGGCAGUGUGUAUAUGUACGUACUAUACUUUGGCUAGCCGCGCUACUGCAACUGGAGAAAAGGUGGAGGAGGAAGCGUAGACCAGGGAAAGAAGGAAGGAAGGAAGGAAGGAAGGAAGGAAAAGUAGUACAUAGGACCUGUAUGUAGGAUACUGUAGUUUAGUACUCUUUUUCGCCCUCUUGAUAAUAAAGGAUAAUUGAUUGCUUUGCAUCUACACUAUUCUACUCAUGAUAUUUAUGGAAUUUCAUACAAUCGACUAGUAUCAAUUUCCCCACGGUAUAAUGUUAUAAAACAAAACUUCCCUCCCCUCCCUUCUUUUGUAAAGUGUAAUAUGAUGUAUAAGAAAUCGUAAUCUAGCAAAAUAUUACAAAUGAAUCCCCCUCCUCCCCUUCAAACUAGCACUGGCACUAGCUUGACGAAAAAAAAGCGUACAAGUAGCGUCCGUCGUCAAUAUACUAGGAAAGGGAACGACCGUGAGAAAAAAAACGUUCAUUAUCCAUCCAUCCAUCCAUCUAUCGGUCGCAUCCUUCUCCCCCUCCUAGUGACAUUGUACCCGCCAAAGCCGUGCUCUGGUGAUUGUGCACUGAGAAAUAUCGUCCACCCAUUCCCGUCAGGCGACAAAAGAAACUUCCCACCCAGCCCAACCGGUUCCACACCACCACCACCGCCCAAGUCCUGUCCGUGCCCGUAUCCAUCUCCAUGUCCACGGAUAUCAAAACGCUAUUACGCCCUUCCCAACUCUCAUCCGGCAAAAGAAAUUCACCCAUUCUCCCACCUCAAUCUUUACAUCCCUGCAAACACAGACACAACACUCAAGCGUUUUUACUCUCAACCCCCGGCGACCCUGACCGACUCCUCAAGUGUCCCACGUCAUUUCCCGGGGCAUAAAACCCCGUCGUCGCCGUUUCGUUCGGCAGCGGGGCAAGACUCUUCUCGACGCUAGUGAUCAAUGCCGUAGCGGUCUUUUUAAGGCUGAAUUGGGUGGUGUUUAUUACUGAGGACCAGAGGGGGUUGUUUGACACCGUUGAGCUGGGUUCACAGGUUAGCUUUGCACUGCAUAUACAGGACAUGGGAGGGGAAGCACCUAGUCGAAGUCCGCGGCGUGCUGGAGCGCGAGGGGGGAGUUAUGGUGCCGGUGGCUUCGGAGAGGACAGUGGAGGUUGUGCUCCAGCGAGGUGAUUUGGGGUUUUCGUCAGUGGGUGAGAAAUCUAUUAGUUUUUCGGUUUCCCUUUCUUUGGUGGUUGAAGGGGCUUUGGAGUUCUCGCGGGACAUCUUUUGGGGGGUUAUGCUACGAAGGCUCGCCCUUGAGGAUUUCUUAUUCAGGGGCCUGGCGGUGGUGCUGGUGAGGUUGUUGGGGUCCUGGGGUGUGAUUGUCGAUGCGCGGAUCCCGGUUUGGUUCACCGAGGAGUGAAUGCCUUCAUCGCCGACGGUAGCCUGGCGAAGAUCCUCGAUGAAGGUCCAUAGACCCUCCUUGAAGUCUUCUGCCAUCUGCUUGCCCGUCCUAAGUAGUGCUUCUUGACCCUUCUGUCCUGCAGACCGUGGGAAGUCGCUCAUUGAUAGGGGUCUAGGUGUGGCAGAAGCAGAGCUAGAGAGCGGCGUGGAGGUCUGAGCAAAUGUCUGACUGCGCCUUACACCGGGUAGGUGAUCCGACGUAGGACUACCGUCAGCAAGAUCACUCGGUUGAGCAAACGGCUGCUUGUAAACAUUCCUAUCGGUCGAAAGCAGUGACAGAGUCCUCUGAUGUCUCUGCGAUGGCAACACCUUCCUAGCCCCCGCGCCAUUUAGACUGUUCAGCGUGGCCUUCCGGGCGUUAUACUGCUCCCUCGUUGGGGAGACUAUCUUCUCCCGGUCAUCGCAUGUCACGCUGGUAUCCAGUGGCCGAAGUCUUCCAAUCGGAGGAGCUACGUCGUGGAACUUCCGCGUGGCCUCGUGUACCGCCCACUGCCUCUUCAUCCUCCCCAGCUCGGUUUCAGCUUUCCCGAGCUCUUCUUUUAGUUCUAGUACCCGACGCUCCUGCGCCGCCAGGGCUGUCAGAAAUGCCAUGGGAUCGUCGGGCGUUAUGUCUUCGAUCCCGGGAGUUGGGGCAUGAAAGGUGUAACUUGGCGGCGAGUUUGUCACGGGUGAUGCAUUUCGCGGGGUCGAACUGGCCGGGAGGAUUGGGAAUGAUAAUGAGAGGCGUUUGCGUGUCGGGACCGAUGUUGUGAUGGAUGAUGAACGGGUGUGCUGAAGAGUUUCGGGGGAGGUCCUUGGAGAGUUUGAUCGUUUGAGGGGAGAUGGAGGUUUCCGUGGAUCUUGUGAAGAUGGGGGUGAGUGUGAUGAUGGUGUCUGAUCCGUCGUAGUCUCUACUGCUUCCAAAGAGCACUCUGCAGAUUCCAGACUAUGGAUCGAGGCGACACCUUCCAUCGUAAAGGGAGAGUUGAAGUGCACCCCAGAUUACCAAGAAUCAAACAAUCUCUCUCUCUCUCUCUCUCUCUUUCUCUCUCUCCCUUCCCUACUCGCAGAGUAAACCUCGUAAAACCAACUGGUCAAACUCCCAAACAAACAGACAGACACCGGACCACGCGUAGAACUGGUAAGGAACGAAAGAGCUAAAAAAAUGAAAGAAAUGAAAAAGAAUGAAAAAGAAAAAAAAGAAGCGGUACAACAAAAACACUGCAGCAAUCCGAGAGAAACCCGUACUGUACU